UCGCGGGGUGCUUCCUAGCAGAAUGGGCCGGGGGCGGCGCUUCUCACCUCGCUUGUCACUGGGAGGCGACCGCUGGGCGAGUGCGGCGGCUGGAGCAUGAGGUGCAGGUUCAGGGUGACGGUGCGGAUUCGGGGGCGCGCAGGUCGCCCACCGCGAGUGAAGGCUUUCGUGGUGCAGUUCCCGCGAUCCUCGCGACACCGGUCGGCGAGCCGCGAACGGGCUGUCGUGGCCGUGCUGUGGAUGCUCGUGAGGAGCCAGCCCGCAGGGCCGCAGCUGCAUCCCGACCAGGUGAUGAUGAUGGGCAACGCCCAAGUAGCCAGCCUGCUGCUGCUCUACGGUGCGGAACCGAACCGCGAGGACCCAGCCACCCUCUCCAGACCGGUGCACGAUGCAGCGCGGGAGGGCUUCUUGGACACUCUGGUGGUACUGCACCAGGCGGGGGCGCGGCUGGAUGUGCGUGACGCCUGGGGUCGCCUGCCGGUGGACCUGGCCCGGGAGCGGGGCCAUCGCGACGUCGUGCGGUAUCUACGUGCGGCUGGGAGCGCUCCCCAAGGCAGCGGGCCAGCAGGCAUAGCUUCGGCUCAAGCACCCCCAGACGCUCCGGAUUUCGCGGACCACCCCUAGAGCAGGGCUAAAUCCUCACCUGCCCGCCCGGUUCGCUUUCUUGGACCCACGUCUGGAAAAAGAACAGCGCUUGGCUGGUCCCGAUUCGCGUCUGUGAUUCUAGCAUGUGGGAGGCUGAGGCGCGCAGUUAGAGGUCACCCUGCUUUACAAUGAAAUAAAAGGAAA